AUGAAUCUUGGUGUAGACCAAAUUACUCUUAUUCCGCCAUAUUUCAGGUACCCCCAGCCUGGAGCCGACACACACAGUGCUGUCCCAAACUCCUCGCUCAUUGUCGCAUGCACAGCGACCAAAUUCAAUACCUCUUGGCACACCCUUAACUCACGGCUGGUUUCGUACACCGAGGUCCAGACGGUUCUCCAGGGGCAUGGAAUCGACCUCACGCACAAGUGUUUCCUUAUCCUGCAGGGUGAAGUCAAGUCUAUCGCGCAGAUGAAGCCUGAAGGCACUUCUGAGCACCAACGACGGACUACUCAAGUGCCUAGAGAAUAUCAUCAGUACUGCUGUGCUCAAAGCACCGAUGUCUGCUUUUGUCGAAGUGGUUCGGCUGGGAGAGAAGAGAGCCGAGAAUGCAGCCAGGUUGUGAUGUGCCAGUCCCAACAACCCAAUCAGGGCUGCAAUGCUACCAUCUAUCUCAACUUUACCUCCCUCGGGUGCCUGAACUGUUGUCCUAAUGACAAGGAGGCAUGGCAUGUGAGAGCCAAAUCCAACUCCAAGUGCAUCAUGGGCAUCAAGAAACAAUUCUGCAUGCCAGAUAGUCGUGAUGUAAUCGCAGUAGAAGAUGAAGGAGUCACCUUUACCUGUGGAGGUGUAGAGCGUGAAUCUUUGGCACGACGAGUACUUUGGGUUGCGUUGAGCUGGACGUGCGAGGGGCCACGAGGGACUGAAGGCAUCAUACAGAAAAAUGAUUGCUGGAUAGAUGCUACUUAA